CGUCAGUCGUGUAGCAAGCGGCGGAUGUUGAGGAAGAGGGUUGUUUUUUCUCUCUCAACUGAUCACCUUCGAUAAGUAAAUAUUUGUUUAUCUUGAAGGAAGUUUUCUUUCUUAAUUUCCUGAGGCCAUAGCAUAGGAAAACCUUCGAUGCCAUGGAAGCUUAUUUCGUUAUUAAUUAAAUAAGAAAUGGAUACUAUAAUGAUUCGGCUACUGUGUUUAUCGUCCGUAUUAACAAUCUGUUACGGCAAAGAAAUUGUUUAUUAUAUUGCUAUUGAUGAAAUAGACUGGCCUUACAAACAUGCGGAUCAAAGCGAGACUGUAUUCAGAAAGGCAGCCUACCAGGAAUACAAGGACCAAACCUUCACAACCAGAAAACCAGUGACGUCACAACAUGGAUUUCUUGGUCCUACAAUCCGGGCGUCUGUUGGAAAUACACUGAGGAUUCUCGUGAAAAACAAUGCUAGACGCUCCUUCUCGUUCUACACAGACAAUCUCAACACCCAAAAGAAUGAAACAGGUGCGGUUUCCGUUGGUAGCCCUGUGUCCCCUGGAUCUGUUCUGACAUACGUCUACACUGUGACCGACGCAAACGGCCCAUCAGCAGCCUCCAUGGAUCAGUGUGUGACGUCACUGUAUUAUUCCGACGUUAACCCAAUUAAGGAUAUUAAUACAGGCUUGGUGGGGAUGCUUGUUGUAUGUAAAACUGAUUCCCCGACCAGUGUACGCGAAAUAUUCCUUCAUUAUGGGACAAUGUAUGAAAGAGAAAGCUGGUUCAGCUCUGUGAAGUCCACUAAUGAUUCUCAGCAGACGGUGUUCCCAACAAUCAAUGGAUAUACAGAAGGGAAUAUGCCUGAUAUAGACGUUUGUCUCAACAGAAAAGUCCGUCUGUAUUUCACGUCAUUAGGUGGUCAAAACGAUAUUCACACGGUUGUUCUUUAUGGACAUCAGAUGGAAGUGAGAAGCCAGAGAGUCGAUGCUGUAAAUCUGUACCCUGGUGCCACAGUCACAGCAGAGUUUCUAACGCAAGAAGAGGGAGCAUGGUUGCUGACAACACAGCAUGUAUCGGGCAAUCUUUAUGGACGAUUGCUAGUAUCACCGUGCAAUAACUCUCGUCCAGCACAACGUCUUACUGGAAACAUCCGCAGAUAUUUCAUAGCAGCCGAGAGAGCGGACCGAUCUAAAGGAAUCUCGUCUGGACCAAUCGUAUUUCAAGAGUACACAAACACAAGAUUUCAAACGAGUAAAAAGAGUAGUAUUCCUACGAAUGGAAGGUUGGGUCCUACCAUCUAUGUUGAAACGGGAGAUCUGGUCAAAGUGGUGUUCUACAAUCGAGCAGACAGGGAGCUAUCUUUGCACCCUCAUGGAUUGAGGGUGGGGAAAUUGAACGAGGGAGUAUUCUAUGAUGACGAUUAUGUAGGUAAACACACAGUUGCCGCUAACAGUCUGAAGACGUACUAUUGGAGUGUCCCCGACGAUGUAGGCCCCACACUGUUUGACGAACUUUGUCUUGUGCGUCACUACACGUCCGGCCUUGGCCACAGUAACGACACAUUUCUUUUUGGUCCUGUCAAGAUCUGCGCAGAGGGAUAUAUGCAAACAGCACCUAAAGAGACAGAUAUUUUCGUAGUGUACAGACAAAUGACUACCAGUAUCUCCAACUUUGAAAUAAACGGCGUGCCACCCUAUACACUUCCGCUAGUCUCUGUAUGUCUUGAAGAAAUCGUGAAUACACAUAUAAUGACGUUUGGAACUGCGGAACCCCAGAGCUUCUCCGUGGACGGGAAUGUCAUAAAACAGAGAGGCCAUGUGCUAAAUGUAAUGGAGGCAAAGGAAAACUCCAUGACAACGUACACAAUUACUAUGACGAAAACAGGGAACUGGACAGUUAGAAAUUUCAGGAAUGAAAAUAUAUCCCUCACACUCUCUGUCAAUGAGUGUGGCACUUCCAGUAAUUUUAUUUUGACUGGCAAAGUAACUACUCGUAACAUUGGAAUUAAAGAGGACUAUUGGGGAUAUUCGUCGCUCUCAGACUGGACAAGCAAAUUGCCCGGAUGUCAAAUGGGACCACGAUUUAAGAAGGCUAUGUUUGUUGAGUACUAUAGCAACCUUUUUAUGUUUGAAACUCGUCAGCCAGAUCCACGAGACGAAACUUUGCAUGGUCCGCAACUUGCAGCCAAUGUUGGCGACAGAAUCACCAUAGAAAUUAAAAACAAUGGAAGACGCCCCUAUUCUCUUCAUUUGGAUGGACUCAGUGACUGGUCAGAUGAUGACAGCAUUCCCUGGGACUCCUCAAAAAUCAUAACCUGGAACAUUUUAGAGUCCAUUGGACCCGGAAGUGCAGAUACCUCUUGUAUACUGAAGCCAUAUUACUCCAAAACCAGCCAGCGAGACAUCCCAUCAGGACUGUUUGGCCCCCUAGUGAUCUGUUCCCCCUUGAUACCCUCCGAGACAGUAGAAUCCACCCUUCAGCAGAAGGUGUUUAUGGUGGGAAGUAUAGAUGAGAGGGCGAGCUGGUACUAUGAGGACAACCUGAAGGAUUCCACAGGAAUCGUCAACAUCUCAGACCCUAAAUGUGCUGAUGCAAACGUCAUUAGAGCUGUCAAUGGAUAUUCAGAUGGAACCAUAAAAAACAUGACAAUACCAUUAGGAGCUGAUGUGUAUUUUCACUUUCUCAACAUUGGCAAUAACCUCCUAACCAUUCAUUUGUAUGGACUGAAAAUCAUUGAUUCCAAUCAAGAAGGAAUUGGACGUAGUACCAUCACUUUGUAUCCCUGGGCAUCCAAGUCCAUCGUGACCAGAUUCGACUCCCCGGGGUCAUUCCUAUACGAGGAACUAAUAACCGAAGGACACACAACCAGGAUCUCUGGACUCUACACGGUUGUUACAAAUACCAAGCUUUCAUGAUGUACUAGGUUUACAAAUUCAGUUUUAUAGCCCCCUCCAACCCCCAACCCCAUCUUGUUUGCUGCCAGUUUUGUAGAUUCUUUGUGUUUGAACCGUGACUUAUGAAUCUUGAAGUUACUUUUCUAUUUUGAAACUUCUGUUGCAAAAUUUAUUAUGAAAAAGGAUGGCGAUUUGAUCAUCUCACGGUGUGAAUAAAGAAGAGAGAGGAUAAAAAAAAUCAAUUAGAGAAAUUUAAACGAAACACCAGAAUAAAAGUAAAAUUACAGGUAUUCAAAAAUGCACUGCUUUUAAAUCCGUGUCCCUUUUAUACACUGCAUACUGCCAUGUUUUAUAAGCAAUAAACACUGUAGAUGUAA